AUGAACAAUCACAAGAUGACGGAAUGUGUCUGGAGGAAAGUUAGUUGUGAAUAUUGUCCAGGAACAUUUAUCGUGAAAAACAAACAGGUUUGUUAAAAAUAGAUUAAUUCUAUACAAAGCUUUUAUAUGGGCAGCAUCCUUUAUAAAGUCGAGAUUUUGUUGAGCUCUAGGUAUCUUCUCUCAUUUGAUAUAAAAUUGUUAUACGGGAAAAUCUUACAAAGGUUGGGCUUAAACGUUGGGUUCUAAAACUUUGAUUCCUUACUGAUAAAAAUGUGAGUAUUUUACUCCAUAAAUCUUGUUAAUAAAAUAGCCUGUCUUUAUUGGUCAAUUUGAAUAAUACGGGACGAAUUGUGAAAGUACUUCAGCUAUAAAAACUUCUUUUCGAUUUUCUUCAGCAACAUCAGAACGUCUGUCAAAAGUUUCCGGUUCAAUGUACCAACAAUUGUGGUCUGAGUAAUAUUCCACGAGAAAAGGUAACUUUUAAUAUUCUCAGUGAUUCUCAGUAA